CACUCCCUCAUCCCCAAACUGGACGGUGCAAAAGGUCUCCCCUGAACUCCAACAGCCGCAGCGGCUGUCAACGUUUUCAAAUUGGGGUUCGGUCCAAUAUGGCGACAGACGGAUGGAAAUACUGAUGACAGUCCGAAAGAUCGCCUCGAUUUGUACGAUGGGCGCCAAUGCCUCAGCUUUGGAGAAGGAGAUCGGACCGGAACAGUUUCCAGUUAAUGAACACUACUUUGGAUUGGUCAACUUUGGAAACACCUGCUACUGUAACUCUGUGCUGCAGGCCCUCUACUUCUGCCGUCCUUUUAGGGAAAAGGUCUUGGCCUACAAGGUCCAGCCCAGACGUAAAGAGUCCCUGCUCACCUGUCUGUCUGACCUCUUCAACAGCAUCGCUACACAAAAGAAGAAGGUCGGCGUCAUCCCUCCUAAGAAGUUCAUCUCCCGUCUGAGGAAGGAGAAUGAGCUGUUUGACAACUACAUGCAGCAAGAUGCCCAUGAGUUCCUCAACUACCUCCUCAACACUAUCGCUGACCUGCUCCAGGAGGAGAAGGGCCAGGAGCGACAGCAGAACGGAAAACUGGUGCAGAACGGAGGAGGUGGGGGGAGCAGCGGGACAGGAGGAGGAGAGGGAGAGGAAGGGGAGAAGAUACAGCAGACCUGGGUCCAUGAGAUCUUCCAGGGAACCCUGACCAAUGAGACGCGUUGCCUCAACUGUGAAGCUGUGAGCAGUAAAGAUGAGGACUUCCUGGACCUGUCUGUCGACGUGGAGCAGAACACCUCCAUCACGCACUGUCUUAGGGGUUUCAGCAACACUGAGACACUAUGUAGUGAAUACAAGUACUACUGUGAACAGUGUCGGAGUAAACAGGAGGCACAGAAAAGGAUGCGUGUGAAGAAGCUCCCUAUGAUCCUGGCGUUACACCUGAAGAGGUUUAAGUACAUGGACCAGUUGCAUCGCUACACCAAGUUGUCCUAUCGCGUCGUCUUCCCCCUGGAGCUCCGCCUCUUCAACACCUCAGGAGACGCCACCAACCCCGACCGCAUGUACGACCUGGUCGCCGUGGUCGUCCACUGUGGAAGUGGUCCAAACCGUGGUCAUUACAUCACCAUAGUGAAGAGUCAUGGAUUCUGGCUCUUGUUUGAUGACGACAUAGUAGAGAAAAUCGACGCCCAGGCGAUCGAGGAGUUCUACGGUCUAACGUCUGACAUUUCUAAGAACUCUGAGUCAGGUUACAUCCUGUUCUACCAGUCCCGGGACUGAACCAGCAAAUGGCAGCGGCCCAAGGCUGAAACGGGCCAUUGGGAUUGGGACUCAGCAUAGAGGGGAGGGGCUUGGGCAGCCACAGGCCCUGCCUAGCCCACCACCUGUUUUAAAUAUUCAGGCUUUACAGCGGAAGCUGUGGAGCGCCGAGAGGAUACAGGGAGGAGGAUCUUCAGCAGACAGGAGCCAACGAUGCCCGAGCAACUGAUCAGUUGAUAUGACAUCGUAGAACGAAGAGCAGGUACCGGGGAUUGUUAUGUUUCGUCAUCCUCUCUCCUCCGUUUCAUCAUCAUCGUACUGAUUGUCUUUUUUGGGGAUUUGACAGCAGAUUAGCAAUAUAUGGUGUGUUAGCUUGGCUAGCUCUCUGCUUACAUGGUGUGCCGUUACUGAUGUGGCACCAUUUUACUGGUGUUUCAUCAAUUAUUGGUGUCCUUGUCAUAUUUAGUGCCACUCAGAGGGGCUAAACAGGAUUUGGGAUUGGUGAAAAGUGGAUCUGCCAUUUCCUGAAUGUUCUCAAUACUUUGUUGCCAGUUGUUGUUAGUUUGGAGAGCGGGGUGGAGAGUUGAGUUUGGUCCCUUUGCAGCUCACCGGCCCAGAUUUGGCAGUGUUUUAUUAUAUCAUGGUGCAGAUGCUGAAAGCUGCACAUCUAUAUUACCAUCUGUUUUAAAGGGACACACGCAUAUAUGCUCUCUAACUUCCCCCUCUGGCAACGACAGCAAACUACACCACCAACUACAAAUAACCUGCCAACCAGAUGUUUAUCUUAUAUCUGUCUCCUAAGCAAGCAAGUAUCUCACUGGUGUCAAUGGCUGUGCUUCAAAUGACAGCAUGUUCCCUAUGUACUGCACUCUAUAAGUAGAGCACUAUAUAUGGAGUAGGCUGUCAUUUGGGACAUAACCCAGCCAUCCUCUUUGUGUCGUCUUUAACGCAGUAUAAACCUGAUUGGCUGCUGCAACAUUUCGCUCCUCUUCCUGUCACCUGAUAUGAACCUUCCAAUCAGAGCCUGAGGUAUACACGCAUUUCCUGU